UGCCCCGUUUGCUGAAGCGCCCCGCGGCCCCUCAGAUGUCUCCCGCCGUCGUCUGGUCCCCCGCGGGAGGCGGCAGCGACGACGUCGGGCUGACCCGCCAGCUGGAGGAGGAGCUGAUGGAAGUGGACGAGCCUGCGGUCGACUACACACCGGAAGAAAGCGUCACGAACGACGGCAGCGCGACAGGCCGAGGCAGGAUACGCAAGAUGUCGCAAACGCACGCUUACUCUCAGACUAAAAAGCGGCCCGCUCGGAUCUGUUCGAUGCUUUGCUGCAUCGUUAUGAUUUCCUUCACCUCUUUCCUUCUGGCCGUGGUGUAUGUGAUCUUGAAAGAUUUACAUGCUGAUAAUGAAAAACAAGAGGAUGGUGUCAAGAUGGGUUUAUUAAGCUUUUGGAGUUCAUUGAUUUUGGCAUUGAUAGCUGGCCUGUCAUGCUGCAGUUUCUCAUGGACAAUGACCUAUUUUGAUUCAUUUGAACCUGGAAUGUUUCCACCAACACCCCUUUCACCUGCUCGUUUCAGGAAAUUAACAGGACAUUCGUUCCACAUGGGUUACAACAUGGCAAUUUUGAAUGGCAUCACAACAGCUCUGGCUGUGAUUUGGUGGCUCACGUGAAACUAAAGCUGGCAUCAACCAUUCACAAUAAUAAGCUUAUUGACUGCAAACCUUUAUCCAGACCUGCGUGGCUUUCUUCUGGUUGUGGUGAUACUCCUGAGAACAAUGACAAAUUAAGAAACUUUUAUUAGUAUUUUUCUUAAGGAAUUUCAAGGUGAACUUGUUUUUGCAUUAUUGGACGUAGCUGUAUUGAAUUGUAUUGGAAACAAUUAUUGCUCCUGUUUCUCAUUCUACAUAGUUCUUUAUUUUUAAAAAAAUCUUAGUCUUAAAAUAAUCAAUUUGUGUUAUAAUCUGAUAUACUGUCCAAAUAAUAUUAUUGCAAGUUCAUCUUUUAAUGGUUUAAAAAGUCCUCUUCUAACAUCAGUUUCUUAUAGUAAACUAAAGUAUGGAAUAGAAACACUGCAUUUUGUUCUUACACUGUUAUAUUACUUUCAUGGUACUUGAUUGAGUACAAAUUACAAUUGGACACAGUACUUUUUACAACCAGGCUUAGCAUAUAUUAUAUAAUGUUCAUUUGACCUGCAAGUCUGUUGAAAGUAAAUACCUGUAGUGUUCAGCUUCUUGGCACUUUUCCAACUACUUUAAAUUUAAGAGGAUUUGUCUAAUGGUGAUGUCUGAACACUAACUUGUUGCCUUGGUAACUCAAACAGUGACAUCAUAUUUUCCAUAUUUCUUAAAUUACUUUAUCAGCCAAUUGUUCGGAAAAUAGAAAUGACUAUUAGUGGCAAAAUAGCGUAUCAUUUGAACAUGAAAUCCUCAAGGCACCUCAGUAAUAUUUGAAAAUGAACACAAUUCCAUCUUAGUUUUCCUGUAAAUAUACCUGAGAAGAUUUCUGUAAUGAGGUAAUUGAUUCUUUACAAAAGUGGCUAAUCGAAAAUAUCAUGUUUAUUAAUUGAGAUGCAAAUCUUACUUCUAUUCUUAAAAGCUCUCCAUUAUGCUUCCUGUAAACCUAAAUCCUGUCAGCACUAUUUUAUUCCCUUUUGCAAAUGGACAGGAUUGAACCCAAAUAUUUAAAUUGUAGCGUACAUAUAAAAAUGUUGGAAUAUCGUCUCAA